UCCUAAAAAAAAAAAAAGAAACAAUGGAGGAACCAAUAAGCCAAAUGCAGCCACUGAAUGAGAAACAGGUGACCAAUUGCAGUGGUUACAUAUGGCAGGUCACAGAUAUGAAUCGACUACACCGUUUCUUAUGUUUUGGUUCUGAAGGUGGCACUUAUUACAUCAAAGAGCAGAAAUUGGGCCUUGAAAAUGCUGGCUUGAUUAGAUUGAUUGAAGAUGGCAAAGGAUGUGACGUGAUACAGGAAAUAAAGACUUUUAGUGAAGAAGGGAGAACAGCAACAGAGCCAAUGCUUUUUGCUCUCGCCAUUUGCUAGUGUUCUGAUAUAAACACAAAACAAGCAGCAUUUAAAGCUUCUGAAGUAUGUCGAAUACCUACUCACCUCUCUUUUAUUCAAUUUAAAAAAGAUCUAAAGGAAAGCAUGAAAUGUGGUAUGUGGGGUCGUGCUCUCAGAAAAGCUGUAGCAGACUGGUAUAAUGGGAAAAAUGGCAUGACCCUUGCUCUGGCUGUUACAAAAUAUAAACAAAGAACUGGCUGGUCACACAAAGAUCUUUUAAUGUUGUCUCAUCUUAAACCUUCUAAUGAAGGACUUGCUGUUGUGACCAAGUAUGUUACAAAGGGUUGGAAGGAGGUACAGGAAGCAUAUAAAGAUAAGGCACUUUCCCCAGAGAUAGAAAAAUUAUUGAAAUAUCUGGAAGCUGUGGAGAGAUUGAAGCACACAAAAGAUGAAUUGGAAGUGAUUCAUCUAAUAGAAGAGCAUAAAUUAGUUAGGGAACAUCUUCUGACUAAUCAUCUAAAAUCUAAAGAGGUGUGGAAAGCCUUGUUACAGGAAAUGCCUCUAACUGCUUUGCUUAGGAAUUUAGGGAAGAUGACAGCUAAUUCAGUGCUAGAGCCAGGAACUUCAGAAGUUUUCAUAUGUGAAAGACUGUGUAAUGAGAAACUUUAAAAAAGGUAAGAAUUAUUAAAAGCUCGUAUACAUCCAUUCCAUGUUUUAGUUGCAUUAAAAACUUAUAAAACAGGACAUGGGCUCCGAGGAAAACUGAAGUGGCUUCCUGAUGAAGACAUUUUGAAAGCAUUGAAUACUGCAUUUUAUAAAACAUUUAAGACAGUUGAACCAACAGGAAAACGGUUCUUGUUAGCUGUUGAUGUCAGUGGUUCCAUGGACCAAAGAGUUUUGGGCAGUAUACUCAAUGCUAGUACAGUUGCUGCAGCAAUGUGUAUGGUUGUUGCAAGAACAGAAAAAGAUUCCCAUAUAAUUGCAUUUUCGCAUGAAAUGGUACCAUGCCCAGUGACUGUGGAUAUGACUUUAUGUCAAGUAUUGAAGGUUAUGGAUGAGAUUCCAAUGGGUUGUACCGAUUGUUCUCUCCCAAUGAUAUGGGCUCAGAAGACAAACACAGCUGCUGAUGUCUUCAUUGUGUUCACUGAUAAUGAGACCUAUUUUGGAAGUGUCCAUCCAGCUGUGGCUCUGAGGAUUACCGGGAUGAAAAUGGAUAUUCCAGCUAAAUUGAUUGUUUGUGGAAUGACCUCAAAUGGUUUUACCAUUGCAGACCCAGAUGAUAGAGGCAUGUUGGAUAUGUGUGGCUUUGAUGCAGGGGCUCUGGAUGUAAUUCGAAACUUUACGAUGGAUGUGAUUUAAUCUUCUGGUACCAGCACUUUACUUCAUGUCCAUUGCUGGCAGUGGAUUUUGCUACAAAGCUCUAAUUACCAGCUAAACUAAAAUCAACUGAAAAAUGGCAAACAUAUCAAAAAGUUACCUUUUUUCAAAAGGAAAGUAAGAAGCCUAAAAUUACUUUCCUAUCUUCUAUAUGUAAUUUAAACUGCUAAUAAAUUAAACUCAACCAAUAUUUUAUAAAGUACCUACUACUAAACUCACUGUAGAAACCUUACCUCCAGCUUCUUAGAAGAAAAAAUUUGCAUUCUGACGCAUUCACUGAAGAAUUUUUUUGCUUUAGAACAUCAUUAAUACUAUUUAUUAGAUGAGAGCCAAAAAUUAAAGUGGUCCCUGACAUCAUAGACUGUGUUCCAGCUUAAACAAUUUGCUUAAGCUGUGUUGAAAAUUUUCUGUGUUCUCAUUUGAAAAGGAUGACUUUGAUGACACUUCCAUUGUUUGAAUUCCAAAUACUAAAUAUACUCUCUGGGUGCACUAGACCAUGUAACUGUGAUGGAAUAUAAAAGUGAUCUGUAAAGUUUUCUACUUGGGGUAAGGGGGAUAAGGAGCAGGGGAUCACAUCAAGAAAUUUGAGAAAGUGAUCAGUGCUACAUCUUACCCCCAAAAUAAUCUGUGUGAUCUUUUAAGAUCACAUUUUUAGUAGGUUUCUUACAUAUUGAAAAUCAACUUUAAUAAUUUUUAACUAGUACUCAUAGAAUACAAGGUAGGUAAUCAGAAACAGCAAAUUCUUUGAUCAGCAGCUUUCUAUAAGCUUUGUUUUCUAGAUGAAAAACACUUAAUAAGUUAUUCUAGGUUACGAGAAUGUUGACAUAAGUUCACUACUUUUAAAAUAAUUUAGUUGAUUUGACAAUUCCAGUAAUCAUCCAAAUUCAACUAUAUUUAAAUUUAAAAUUAACCCUCAGAAAUGACCAUUUUCCUACUUUAAAAGAAGAUAUUUUAAAAUAAUAAUGUUCUUAAUGUAAACUUUAGCUAAUUGUGUUUUAAAUGAGUUUCUGUUAUGUACAGUGUAAAACAGCCAGUAACCUCCUAUUGCCAGUUAUUUUCUCUGGUAACACAAAUUUAGUAAAUUGUUUUCUGAUCAUAGAAAAUAUUUGACAAAAGAUAGGUCUGUUGGUAAUGUUUAAAUACAUUUUGCAAAGGACUUUGUGGCCAAUAAUUGUUUAUGAAUUAAAGCAAUAGGUUCACUGACAUCUUCAGGGAAAUUUUUUUUUAAAUUGUGUAUAGUUAUGAAUUUUUUUUAUUUAGUACACCAAAGUGUACUAAAGAACAAAUAAAAUCUUGAUAGGAAAUUUUCUUUAAUCUUAAAGUAACUACUGAAGUUUUCAACUUUACUCUUCAUAAUUUUCACUAUUAUUCCACAGUAGUAUCAAUAUUAAAACUUUUUUCACUUAUUAUUUUUUUAAACUUAGGUGUUCAAGAAGUAAAACUAACAAAUACAGAUCUUAACUUUCCACUUGCUUAGCCAUGAGAUUUGUAUGUGUUUGAUGGGGUCAAACAGUAUUAUUGUAGUUUAUAUACGUGUUUUUUCUACUUUUUAGGAAGUUUUUUCAGAACAGUAAUUUUAGAGCUGUGAUAAAGCUAUCAUUGCAACCAUGACUUAAGAUAGCCUGGUAGCAGUUUCAAAAUUGCUUCCUGCAUGGGUCAUACUAUACUUUCUUCCAAACUUUAAGGAUCUUUUAUUCCAUUGGUGUAAAUACCUUCUCCACCAAAAUAGAUCACAAUUUGUCAAUUACUAGGCAGUGUUUGAGAGCUACCAUGGCUAAAAAAUUCAUCAUCCUUCCUGGAGCCAACCUGGUAAUGAACCUCUCCUCAUUUAGCUAAGAUAGUCCUUGGACAGCAGUAUCCCAAGGCAACUCUUCAAAAGACCUUCCAGCUUGGUAGAAUCUACCAGACUUUGUACUUCCUAGAUUGUGAGAAUAUAGGCCAUAUUUUUAAUAAAUCAAGUUGAAAAUGCAUUGCUACUUCCUAUAUUUUAGACAUCUAUAACCUAACUAAGAUAUAUUUCCAAAGCAUUUGAUUGUUUUUAGCCUUCUGUCACAUUUUAAGUGAUUACAUGUUGGAUAUGUUUUAUACGUAUAACUGUCAUACCAUCCAGAUGGAAUUUAAAGAACAUCUAAUAGCUGUAAUUAGUUAAUAAAAUUAAUUUUUGAGUACAACUUUCUAAGUUAAAAAUUUAGAAAUACAGGAUGAUUACUCAUUGUAGAAAUGUUAAUGACAAAGUAUAAAAAAAGACUUACUACAAGUGUAAAAAUGUAUCUUUUUAGUAUCUAUAAAGUCAACAAUCUUUUACGAAUAUCUUCAGGAAUUAAUAUUUAAAUCAUUCAAAGAAAUAAUUUGUGACCUUGGGAAAUGUAAGUCCAAAAGAUUAUGAGGAUUAUGAUAUAGAUGAUGCAUUAUUUCAUUCUUUUUUUUAAAAGAAUCAGAGACAUUAUAGAAAACUUAUUGAAGCUGGUUUUAAGGCUUUGGCAGUUUUUUCCUGCCUAAUGACAUAGUAAAGUUAUUUCUUGAUGUUAGAAACAAUAUCUAUGACUUUGUUUAGCAUUUUAGGAGAGGGAAAAAUUAGAGGAAGGUUAUGUAAGUUUGUGGCCAAUGUUAAAGGACCAUGUUACUCCUACAAUUUCCUCACAAUUCACGUUGGCACAAUUUGGGAGUUGAAUGUUUAUGGGAAUAACAAGGUCCUCUUAACUUACCUCACUGUAAUAAAUAUACUAAGGCACAAAUUAUACUCUGUGAAUCAUUUUUAGCUUUACUUCAAUUAUAAGGAAAAAAAAGUUGCUUUUACAAUCUUAAAUUCUACAUAUUGCUAUUAUAUCUUAAUAUUCCAUGAAGUGCAAACAUAAUCUCAAAAUUGAGGCUGGAAAAGUGGUCUCGGAAAGGUAAGGAUAGGAACUUGAUAGCCAUCUAAAAUUAUUUGAAAAACUAUAAUGUGGAAAAGAGAAUGUGAGAUUUGUUUUGCUUGGUCUCAGAGGGCAAACCUAGAACAAAAAGGAAUGUUGUAAAAGGACAAGUUUUUAGGCUUGAUUAAAGGAAAAGUUCCUGACACCCUUCCCAGGAGUGAAAUGUUCUACCUCAGGAGGUAGUAGGUAGUAGUAUUCUACCCCAAUAAGUCUUCAAGCCCAGGCUGGAUCAUUACUUGUUAGGUAUGUGAUAGAUUGUAAUCUUGUUCAGUUAGGAAUUCUAGUACACAGUCAUACGAUAAAAUUUAGUGCUAGAAGGGAGCAGAGAGUUCAUAUAGUCCAACCCUUCCUCCCCACUCCCCCAAAAUUUACAGAUGUAGAAAUAAGUGCAGAGUGGGUAAGUGACUUGCCCUCUUGCAUCACUGAGACUGUUUUAUUAUUUAAUCCACAGAAUAAAAAUGUUUUUUGCUAGCUCACCCUACAGGCUAAGUAGUGGACAGGUCAUGGCAUUUUAUAAGAAAUACUUAGGUAUGGGGGAGCCAGGUGUUGAAGUGGAUAGAACACCAGCCCUGGAGUCAGGAGGACCUGAAUUCAAAUCUGGACUCAGACACCUGACACUUAGCUGUGUGACCCUGGGCAAGUCACUUGGCCCCAAUUACCGCACCACCACCCCCCCCAAAAAAAUACUUAGGUAUGUAAUUUAGUAUUUUUGGUAAACAUUAAGUACUUUUGAGUUAGUGAUAUUAGGUGAUUUUGUUUAGUUAAGUAUGACAUAAGUUUUUGUUAUAUAUCUCUGGCAUCCCAAUUGCUGCAUGACUGAACCCCUUCACAACUUAGUUCUCCAGCUAUCGAAAUGUAACUUGUAUCUGACAAAUAGUUUGGUCUUUGUCAAGCACUUUGAGAGUCUGUAGGGAAAAAAAAAAUCAAUAGUAUAAUAUUUUAUUCAUCAAUCUAAGACAGUGCUUGUAAGCUUUUGAUUUUCUUCUGAAAUAUAUGGCCAGUAUACUUUGAAAACCAUUUUACUUAACAGGCCUUUUUAAAAACAAAAAAAAUAAACUAUCUUGUGAGAAAUAAAAGGUCAGAAAUGUUCUAUAUUGUCAUAUAAGUGAGCACUGGCUAACAAGUCAUUAUAAGACAACUAUGGGAGGAUUGGAUGAAGGCAUGGAAAUAAAAUACCAAGUCUAUUCAAGUGGGAUCAAGGACUCAAAUUUUGAUUAAGGGAAAAGUCCAAAUCAGAAAAGGCUUAUUUGACCUUUUGGUUUUAAAAUUUACUCUUUAAACUGCAAAUUAUUUUAAGGAACUUUAAACUUCAUAACAUAACUUUUUGUCAUGACAAGAAAAAUUAUGCAAAAUUCAAAAGGAAUUACAGAAUAUGAUCUUUUAUCUUUGGAGGAUGCACCAGAAUUUUUUAAUAAAUGUUAGGAUCUGACACUGAACAUAAAGACAAAUAUAUUUUAAAAGUAAGAUUGUUCUCAUCUGUAGUUGAAUUUGAAUUUACCUUAAAGAAGUUAUAGCUAAUGAUCCAUAAAUAUACCACUGCAUCUUAGUAAACUAGUGAAAAUUUUGGCACUGUUUAUCAAUAGUGUUUUCAUAUGACACAUCUGAUAGUUUGUUAGUGGCACUGUAAAUAUAAAAAUGCAAUAUCACCAGUUUAAAAUGUAUAAAUUUCAGAGAAUAAGUUUAACCAUAUAAGUAAUAACCUUAUAUUUAUUGUACAUACUUUUAGUCUUAGGUACUAAUUUCCAAUCUUUCAUCUUUUCUACCUCUUAGUCAUAUUCUUUUUAUCUUAAUACCUAGUUUCUAUUCCCUCCUUUUUAUUUAAAAAAAAAAGUUAUUUUCCAUUUGAUAUCUUAUUCCAACUCUGCUCAAGGGAGUUUAUGCACAAUUGAAAUGUAAUACAUAUGGAUCAGAAAAAAAAUAAAUUUUAGUUUUGAUGUCUUUAUUAAGUUUCUUUGCUUAUAGGACUAUUCUUUUAAAUGCCUUAAAGAUGUUAAGAUUUUGAUAAUUUAGUUUUUUACUAGCAAUAUCUGAACAAUGUGCAAAUCUACUGGGAAAAAAAAACACCCUGGACUAAUAUAUCUUAUCCCAAAAUCAGUUAUGAUAGUAUUUCAUUAUGUAGUGUAUGUUAAUAGUUGCCCAAAAUGUCUUAAGAUCAAAUAGCCUUUUUAAAAAAUUAGAGCCAACCCUAUAAGAACAUUACUCUUCCCUAGAAGUGGAAUUACCUGAAUAGGUCUUCUAAAUGAAUUGCAUUCCUAAAUUCUAUGUUCUCAUUAUUAGGGCCAAUAAAAAUCUGCGUAAAUAGUGUAAUACUUGGAGCCUUCUUGUACUAAAAAUCUCAGAAAGUCUGUUUAUAUACACUUAGGACCUAAGAAAAUCACAUAAGCAAAUAACUUGUACUCAGUCUUCGUACUUUUACAAAGUACCAAAUUACUGAAUUUUCUUUCUGAAGAGAUACUGUCUUAAUCAUGUGUGACUUUUUUACAUCGUAAAUUUACAAGGGAAUAAGGGCAUUAGUUAACUGAUUUCUGGAUAAAUGUAAUAACUUACAUUUUAUUAAACACUGAAAAUAUUGAAUUGUACUAAAAGAUUUAUAAGAGGAUAAUAUAAAUUGUGGGAAUUAAAAUUGGUAAAUUUGUAAUUUGAUGGUUAUGAUCUAAUCUUCUGAAGUUGAUGAUGAGGUUGUGUGGCUAGGAAUGUGUAAGCUAUUGUUUCUGAUACUGUAAAGCAAAUAGAUCUUUUCCUCUACUUCCUCAGCUAUGGAGUUUCUGCUUCACUUAAAACCUACACUAAAAUAACUUUUGUAACCAAACAAACAAAAAAAUACAUCAACCGUUAUACUC